AUGAUGCUAGAGGCUCAACAAAUCCCUUUCGUACAAUGUUAUCCAGGUUGUCUUAUGAUGUGUACAUCUCAGUCAGGGUUUCCAAAGAAACUUUUGUGUCCAGUCACGUGUAUGAAAUCAUGUCUUCAACAAGCUUCUCCACAAUCUUUUUCUUUAAACGAAGAAAUCGAUGAUUCUGAUUAUUUUUGCAAACUUGGU